AUGGGGUUUAAUGCAGAAUCAUCAUCUGCGAACAUAAAAUAUUUGGGUUAUGAUAGAAAAAAUAUUUUGGAAAGAAUUAAAGAAGUUAUCAGUUUUUACGGUUUUCAUUACAUCAAUCAAAUUUUCUUCAGAGCCUUCGAAAUAGGUAGAAACAUUUUUAUAUUUAGCGGCUGAAAGGGUCGAUCGUAACGGCUGAAAGGGUCGUAAAGAAUUGAUAUCUUAAAAAUCUCGAUCUCGAUAACCGAGAUAUUGUUCGAGAUCUAGUUUCGGUGCAAUCUCUUAUAAGAAUUGUAUGUCAUAAUUUGCAAUGUUUUGUUGAGAUAUGCGGAAUAGCCAUAAAUGACCGUUAUAAUUGCCUGUCAUAAUUUCCCGUCGUAAAAAAGAUUCAAAUAGCCCGUCUAAAUAU